AUGACCCUAAAAUCUACUGUUGAUGACUAUACUAAGGAGAAAAAGGCUGGUGAAGGUACGUAUGCCGUGGUUUAUUUGGGAACUAAGAAGUCCACUGGAAGGAGUAUUGCGGUGAAGGAGAUCAAGACCUCACAGUUCAAAGAUGGACUUGACAUGUCAGCAUUACGUGAAGUGAAGUUUCUACAAGAGUUGAAGCAUGUGAAUGUUAUUGAAUUAGUAGACGUUUUCAUGGCAAACGAUAAUUUGAAUUUAGUGUUGGAGUUUCUACCUGCCGACUUGGAGAUCAUUAUUAAGGACACUUCUAUUAUGUUCAGUCCAGCAGAUAUUAAGUCCUGGAUUCUAAUGACUUUGAGAGGUGUACACCAUUGUCAUAGAAACUUCAUACUUCAUAGAGAUUUGAAGCCAAAUAAUUUACUAUUAGCACCUGAUGGUCAAUUGAAAAUCGCAGAUUUUGGUCUAGCCAGACUAAUGGCGUCACCACAGGAGAUUUUGACCAGUAACGUUGUUACCAGAUGGUACAGAGCACCGGAGCUCUUAUUUGGUGCAAAACACUACACCUCUGCGGUCGAUAUCUGGUCUGUCGGUGUUAUAUUCGCAGAAUUAAUGUUGAGAAUUCCUUAUUUGCCGGGGAAAGAUGAUGUUGAUCAGAUAAACGUAACAUUCCGUGCGUUAGGAACUCCUACUGAUGCGGAUUGGCCUGAAGUUUCUAGUUUUAGCAAUUAUAAUAAGAUUCAAAUAUAUCCACCUCCAUCGAGAGAGGAAUUGAGAAGAAGAUUCAUAGCGGCUACGGAAAAUGCACUUGAACUGAUAAGUGGGAUGAUGAUAAUGAACCCUAAAAAGAGAUGGGAUGCAGUCAAGUGUCUACAAAGUCAAUAUUUCCAGGAAUUGCCGGAGCCUACACUUCCACAAGAUCUUCCUAAGCUCAAUAAAUGA